GCACGGCGGCGGUGGCGGUUCCUGCCGGGGGCUGCGAGGGCGGGCGGCUCCGAAGGAAGCGGUGGUACUGAGGGGCUCAGCGGCAGAGCCGGCGGCUCGGCGCGUGUGGCUCUCGACCCGGCUCGCACCGCGGCGGGCGUUUUGAUCCGGUCCAGUAGCGCGGGCGCGGCGGCGGCGGCGGCUGCCCGAGACCUGCGGCCUAGGCCUCAGCGCAGCGGCGGGCUCGAGUGCGGCGCGGAGCCGGCCUGAGGGCCCUACGCGGCGGCACCAUGAGCGUGGAGGCGUACGGGCCCAGCUCUCAGACGCUCACCUUCCUGGAUACCGAGGAGGCCGAGCUCCUCGGCGCCGACACGCAGGGCUCCGAGUUCGAGUUUACCGACUUCACCCUCCCCAGCCAGACGCAGACGCCCCCCGGUGGUCCUGGAGGUGGAGGCGCCGGGGCCCCGGUCGGCGCGGGGCCGGGCGCGGCCGCCGGACAACUCGACGCUCAGGUCGGUGGACCUGAGGGCAUCCUCCAGAAUGGGGCUGUGGAUGACAGCGUGGCCAAGACCAGCCAGUUGUUGGCUGAGUUGAACUUUGAAGAGGAUGAAGAGGAUACUUAUUACACAAAGGAUCUCCCCGUGCAUGCCUGCAGUUACUGCGGAAUACAUGAUCCUGCUUGCGUGGUUUACUGUAAUACCAGCAAGAAGUGGUUCUGUAAUGGACGUGGAAAUACUUCUGGCAGCCACAUCGUAAAUCACCUCGUGAGGGCAAAAUGCAAAGAGGUGACUCUGCACAAGGAUGGGCCCCUGGGGGAGACGGUUUUGGAGUGUUAUAACUGUGGCUGCCGCAACGUCUUCCUCCUCGGCUUCAUCCCUGCCAAGGCUGACUCAGUUGUGGUGCUGCUGUGCAGGCAACCCUGUGCCAGUCAGAGCAGCCUCAAGGACAUCAACUGGGACAGCUCACAGUGGCAGCCCCUGAUCCAGGACCGUUGCUUCCUGUCCUGGCUGGUCAAGAUCCCUUCAGAGCAGGAGCAGCUGCGGGCCCGGCAGAUCACUGCCCAGCAGAUCAACAAGUUGGAGGAGCUCUGGAAGGAAAAUCCCUCUGCCACCUUGGAGGACCUGGAGAAGCCGGGAGUAGAUGAGGAGCCACAGCAUGUCCUCCUGCGGUACGAGGAUGCCUACCAGUACCAGAACAUAUUCGGUCCUCUGGUCAAGCUGGAGGCCGACUAUGAUAAGAAACUGAAGGAGUCCCAGACUCAAGAUAACAUCACGGUCAGGUGGGACCUGGGCCUUAACAAGAAGAGAAUCGCCUACUUCACUUUGCCCAAGACUGACUCUGGUAAUGAGGAUUUAGUCAUAAUUUGGUUAAGAGACAUGCGACUCAUGCAGGGGGAUGAGAUAUGUCUGCGGUACAAAGGGGACUUGGCACCCCUAUGGAAAGGGAUCGGUCACGUCAUCAAGGUCCCUGAUAAUUAUGGCGAUGAGAUCGCUAUUGAGCUUCGGAGCAGUGUGGGUGCACCCGUGGAGGUGACUCAUAAUUUCCAGGUGGAUUUUGUGUGGAAGUCAACAUCAUUCGACAGGAUGCAGAGUGCAUUGAAAACCUUUGCUGUGGAUGAGACCUCCGUGUCAGGCUACAUCUACCACAAACUGCUCGGCCAUGAGGUGGAGGAUGUGAUCAUCAAGUGCCAGCUGCCGAAGCGCUUCACGGCACAGGGGCUCCCCGACCUCAACCACUCUCAGGUUUAUGCCGUGAAGACUGUGCUGCAAAGACCACUGAGCCUGAUCCAAGGCCCACCAGGCACAGGGAAGACGGUGACUUCAGCCACCAUCGUCUACCACCUGGCUCGGCAAGGCAAUGGGCCUGUGCUCGUCUGUGCUCCAAGCAACAUAGCUGUGGAUCAGCUGACCGAGAAGAUCCACCAGACUGGGCUCAAAGUUGUGCGGCUCUGUGCCAAGAGCCGCGAGGCCAUUGACUCCCCAGUGUCAUUCCUGGCCCUGCACAACCAGAUCAGGAACAUGGACAGCAUGCCAGAGCUCCAGAAGCUGCAGCAGCUGAAGGAUGAGACUGGGGAGCUGUCAUCCGCAGAUGAGAAGCGGUACCGGGCCCUGAAGCGCACCGCCGAGAGGGAGCUGCUCAUGAAUGCAGAUGUCAUCUGCUGCACGUGUGUGGGCGCAGGGGACCCGCGGCUUGCCAAGAUGCAGUUCCGCUCCAUUUUAAUCGACGAAAGCACCCAGGCCACCGAGCCAGAGUGCAUGGUCCCUGUGGUCCUCGGAGCCAAGCAGCUGAUCCUUGUGGGCGACCACUGCCAGCUGGGCCCUGUGGUGAUGUGCAAGAAGGCGGCCAAGGCUGGGCUGUCCCAGUCACUCUUCGAGCGCCUGGUGGUCCUGGGCAUCCGUCCCAUCCGUCUCCAGGUCCAGUAUCGGAUGCACCCUGCACUCAGUGCCUUCCCGUCCAACAUCUUCUAUGAGGGCUCUCUUCAGAACGGCGUUACUGCAGCGGAUCGUGUGAAGAAGGGGUUUGACUUCCAGUGGCCCCAACCAGAUAAGCCAAUGUUCUUCUAUGUGACCCAGGGCCAAGAGGAGAUUGCUAGCUCUGGCACCUCCUACCUGAACAGGACGGAAGCUGCAAAUGUGGAAAAGAUCACCACGAAGCUGCUGAAAGCGGGUGCCAAGCCAGACCAGAUCGGCAUCAUCACGCCCUAUGAGGGCCAGCGCUCCUACCUGGUGCAGUACAUGCAGUUCAGCGGCUCCCUGCACACCAAGCUUUACCAGGAGGUGGAGAUUGCCAGUGUGGAUGCAUUCCAGGGACGUGAAAAGGACUUCAUCAUCCUCUCCUGUGUGCGGGCAAAUGAGCACCAAGGCAUUGGAUUUUUAAAUGAUCCCAGGCGGCUUAAUGUGGCCUUGACCAGAGCACGAUAUGGGGUCAUUAUUGUGGGCAACCCAAAGGCCCUGUCCAAGCAGCCGCUGUGGAACCACCUGCUGAACUACUACAAGGAGCAGAAGGUGCUGGUGGAGGGGCCUCUGAACAAUCUUCGGGAGAGCCUCAUGCAGUUCAGCAAGCCCAGGAAGCUGGUCAACACCAUCAACCCGGGAGCCCGCUUCAUGACAACAGCCAUGUAUGAUGCCCGGGAGGCCAUUAUCCCAGGAUCGGUUUAUGACCGGAGCAGCCAGGGCCGGCCCUCAAACAUGUACUUCCAGACCCAUGACCAGAUUGGCAUGAUCAGUGCCGGCCCCAGCCAUGUGGCCGCCAUGAACAUUCCCAUCCCCUUCAACCUGGUUAUGCCGCCCAUGCCGCCACCGGGGUACUUUGGACAAGCUAACGGGCCAGCCACAGGCCGGGGCACCCCAAAAGGCAAGACUGGUCGUGGAGGACGCCAGAAGAACCGCUUUGGGCUUCCAGGCCCCAGCCAGACAAAUCUCCCCAACAGCCAGGCCAGCCAGGAUGUGGCAUCACAGCCCUUCUCACAGGGCGCCCUGACCCAGGGCUACAUCUCCAUGAGCCAGCCCUCCCAGAUGAGCCAGCCCGGCCUCUCCCAGCCUGAGCUGUCGCAGGACAGUUACCUUGGAGAUGAGUUUAAGUCCCAGAUCGAUGUGGCGCUGUCACAAGAUUCCACAUACCAGGGAGAGCGGGCGUACCAACACGGCGGAGUGACGGGGCUGUCCCAGUACUAGAAGGUGGUGGCAGAAGAGCUAAGCUACGUGGCUUAGUCCAUCAGCAUCUUAUUCUGGGUAAUAAAAAAUAAAAAUAAAUGGAUACCUGUUUUCCACUGCUAAAACUGAAGCACCACUGUGAGCAACAGGAGAGGGAGAGGAGCACCCGAAGGAAAGAGGAGCCCGAGACAGAGAGCGCCCACUGCUGGCACGUGGCGGCGAGGAGAAGGAGAAGGGAGAGCGGGAGGUGGGGCGGGCCGCGGAGGACCGCCCGCCCGCGAGCCCCGCCAGCCCCGCCCGCCGAGGAGCCCAGCGCCCGCCGCGUCCACACCUGGGUCUGCGACCAGGGCGGAGGGAGGAAGACCCUCAUCUCAGAGUAGCCCUUUCCUCUGUUCUUUUCUUUCUUUUUUCUCUUUUAUUGAAAGGGGACUACGUUUUAGCAGGAAAAAACUUAGCAUUUCUGUGCCGAGCAGGCUCCUUGCAGUGGCGGCCGUGCCGGGAGAGCCCCUCAGAGUGCGGGUUCUGUCCAUGCCGGCUCUGAUACCGCCGCUCUCAUGCUGCCUGUGUUCUAAGAGCGUUUUCAUUUUAAGAAAAUAAGGUGUCUGGGUGGUUUCUUUUUUUUUUUUUUUUUUUUAAAGAUUCUUUGAAGGGAGUACUGAAAAAAAUACUUUCUUGAGUUUAUCUCUCAAAUCUUAGUGGUGGACCUGGGAGAUGUCAGAAGCUUCCAGAAACGAAGUUUAAACAAGGCGACACAACUCAAGAUUGGAAUCGACACCUGUGACGUGAGGAGGAUUUUUUUCAGUUUUAGCUUCCAGCGGCUUCUCCCUGUGCAUCAGGGCAGUGAGGGAGCGCGGUCCUCGGCCGGGCAGGCAGCUCCAUGGUCUCCGCUGGACUCCGAGAAACAAAGCGCUUCCAGUGUGCCGUGGACUCAGCCCCCCCACCCCCAGGAGGGGCCUCUGGCAGGACUUGGCCGUGAGGCCGGAGGGCGGGAAGGUAGCUGUUCACCCGUCAGUGGCUUCUUCCCUGGGUUCCUUCCUGAGGAUUUGGUGGAAAGCAGCAGCCAGGAGGAUCGGUCCCUGUCCCCCGGGCAGGCGCACACCGUGCCUGUGAUGGGUUAGACUCACUGAGCACCCCAUCCCCCUUCGUUCCCCACCCUACUCCCUUAGUUGGAGCCCUUUCUACCUGUGGGGCACAGCUUCAAUGAGGUGGGGUCGUUUCUGCUUUGGGGGGAAAGGGAAGUAAGUUUCAGAAAUAAGUUCUGUGCUGAAGGCCUUGGAAGAGUUUGUUCCAUCUGGCCAUACAAAGGGGUCUCUGCCUGGGUCUGGUUGCACUUGGAGAAGUUAUUGUAGCUGGUGGAAUCACCCCAGCUCUUCCCACACCAUGGUGAGGUAUUAGCCUCCCUGGCCAGAUCUGGUUGGGACUGUCUAACCCUAAUCCUGCCUAUCUGGGCCCUAAUGACCCUGACCCCCAGCAUCCCCCUCCCGGUGUGCCUGACACUGGCCUUAUCCCAGAGCCUCCAGAUUCCAGCUGGUACACGGGAGAGAUGGGGACGUACAGGCCACCUUCCUUCUGGCAAGGCCUCUUAUUUAUUACCAUUGCUGUAGGGCUUUUGGUUCCCACUUCUUUUGGUAGCUGCAUAGAGUUUGGAUAGGUUUCUGCUCUGACCCCAUGUGUGAACUCCCCAUGGGUGACACACCCACCCACCCUGUUCUGUUCCUUGGAAUGCUUUGCCUCCGCUUUGUGCUGUUUGCGUUUUUUUCUCCACCUUAGCAGCAGUUACUAUGAGUUUCCUAAAUUGAGGCGCAUCUGUACCAAGGCAACGUUAACUUUUGAUUUUUUGGUCAAUUUGUUUUAAGGUCUUUUGUCACCAAUAAAAGUCUUAAUAAAACAGCUCUUGCAUUCA